ACCUCAUCAUCGAGACCUCGCCGCUGUUUUCCCAGUGGAAGGGUGAACUUCUCAAAAACCCUAGGUUUUGUAGAGACCCGGCUUAUUAUUAUUAUUAUUAUUUCUUUUUGAAAAUUUUUUUGGGUUAAAAAAUGGCUCAGCUUCAAGCUGUUCCAUCUGUUUCUUCACCAAAGAUCUCCUCCCAUUUCCACAAUAGAUUGGGGGCUCCAGUUUUUGGUGAUAAUAUCUGUUUUCUGAAAAAUUCCAUCUCACAGUUGAAGGUAAGAGCAAUUUCAAAUGCUAUCAGUGGCGCCCCCGUCAUUCAUCAAAGCCGAAGCCAAAGACAUUUUGCUCAGAACCCCGCUAGUCAAAGUAUGCUCUCCGAAAAGGAUGUUUCAGCGGGGAUCCCUUCUAGCACAACUGAUGCUCAUGGGAGUCAAAAGGGAAGUGGAUUACGUGGGAAAUUAAAUAAAGUUGUCCUAGCUUAUAGCGGUGGCCUUGACACAUCUGUCAUUGUCCCUUGGCUAAGGGUGAACUAUGGGUGUGAUGUUGUUUGCUUCACUGCAGAUGUUGGUCAAGGUGUCAUGGAGAUGGAUGGUCUUGAAAAAAAAGCAAAAGAUAGUGGUGCUUGUCAGCUCGUGGUAAAGGAUUUAAAAGAGGAAUUUGUUAAGGAUUACAUAUUCCCUUGUUUGCGUGCUGGUGCAAUAUAUGAGAGGAAGUACUUGCUUGGAACGUCAAUGGCUCGUCCUGUUAUCGCUAAGGCAAUGGUUGAUGUUGCUAAAGAAGUAGGAGCCGAUGCAGUUGCUCAUGGAUGCACUGGAAAGGGAAAUGAUCAGGUUCGAUUCGAAUUGACAUUCUUUGCCUUAAAUCCGGAUCUCAAAGUUGUUGCUCCAUGGAGGGAGUGGGAGAUCACAGGACGAGAAGAUGCUAUCGAGUAUGCUAAGAAACAUAAUGUUCCUGUUCCUGUUUCGAAGAAAUCAAUAUACAGUAGAGACCGGAAUCUAUGGCACCUUAGUCAUGAGGGAGACAUUCUAGAGGAUCCUGCGAAUGAACCAAAGAAAGACAUGUACAUGAUGUCUGUUGAUCCCGAAGAUGCACCAGACCGGCCUGAAUAUCUAGAGAUUGGCAUCGUCUCUGGAAUUCCCGUUUCUCUCAAUGGAAGGGAAUUCUCACCAGCAGCCCUUCUCACCAAGCUCAAUGAAAUUGGUGGCGAAAAUGGAAUCGGCCGAAUAGACAUGGUAGAAAACAGGCUCGUUGGCAUGAAGAGCCGAGGAGUCUAUGAAACUCCUGGUGGUACUAUUCUCUUCGCUGCAGUUCAAGAGCUCGAAUCUCUAACCCUAGAUCGGGAGUCAAUUCAAGAGAAAGACCGUAUUGCUCUCAAAUACGCUGAGCUUGUUUAUGCUGGUCGAUGGUUUGAUCCCCUUCGUAAAGCGAUGGAUGCUUUUAUGAAGGAGAUAACAGAGACCACAACGGGGUCCGUUACUUUGAAGCUUUAUAAAGGAUCGGUGACUGUCGUGGCUAGAAAGAGUCCAUAUAGUUUGUAUAGGGAGGAUAUAUCGUCGUUUGAGAACGGAGAGAUUUAUAAUCAGGCGGACGCUGCUGGGUUUAUUAGGCUUUACGGGUUGCCGACUAGGGUACGAGCAAUGCUUGAGAAGGGAAUCUGAGGGUUAUUUAAUGUUGGCUGUGGUGGUGGGGUUGAGAAAUGCUGAAUUGUGUUUUUGUGUUUUUGACAUUAUUAUGAACAGAUGAGUACCUUAAUGAGGAAUAACGCUGUGUUAGGAGAGAUGUAAACAAAUUUUUUUUCCAGAAAA